AUGAAGAUCCUGAUAACAUCAGACAACCAUCUGGGAUACAGAGAGUCUGAUCCUGUUCUGCUUGAUGACAGCUACGACACUUUUGAGGAGAUCCUAGGCAUUGCACAAAGAGAAAGGGUUGACCUAGUUUUGCAAGGAGGAGACCUGUUCCACGAAAAUAGGCCCUCCAGGAGCUGCUUAAACAGGACCAUAGGGCUUUUCAGAAGAUACUGCAUUGGAAACGAAAGAUCCGGGCUUAGAUCGAAUCUUGCUCUGAAUUUCCACGACCAAAACAUCGGAAUCUCGAUUCCCGUGGUAUCUAUUCAUGGGAACCAUGAUGAUCCAAGUGGGAUAAGCAUGGUGUCUCCGAUUGACAUUCUACAAAGCGCCGGGCUUGUCAAUUACAUAGGAAAGUACAAUUUGAUAGACAGAAUAGAUGUCUAUCCCCUGCUGCUGGAAAAGGAAUACAGGGUCGCCAUAUACGGGUUGGGGCACAUCAAGGACAGAAGGUUGUAUAGGAUGUUUUGUGAGGGAAGGAUUGUGUUCCAUAGGCCAGAAGAUUAUGACUCGUGGUACAAUGUUCUUAUAUUGCACCAAAACAGGAUUCCGAGAGAGAAGGAGCACUUCUCCUCGGAUCUUGUAGAGGGGUUUUUUGACCUUAUUGUGUAUGGACAUGAGCAUGAAAGCAUGGUGGUCAAGGGAGACUGCCUGAUACUCCAGCCUGGGUCUACGGUCAGAACAUCGCUAUGCGAAGGCGAAAGGCACGACAAAUAUGCAUAUAUCUUAAGGAUUGGGGAGGAGUGCACCCUAGAACACGUCAAGCUGAGAAGUGUAAGACCACUUCUGCUAGAUACCCUGAGGAUCGAAGAAAGGGAUAAUGUUGAGGAAAAGGUCGAGAAUAAGAUCAGGGGAAUGAUUGAUCUGGGAAGGAAGAAAGAGAGCCUUUUUAACAAGGAAAUUACAGCCAUAGAUGUUGACACAAAAAGAUUCAAAUGCAGAGGAGAUUCCAACGAAGCAUGCGGAGCAGGUCCCGUAUGUAAAGGUUAUCAGCUUGAGGAGAAGACCCGCAUUCCGUUGGUUAAGCUUAAGAUCGAGCUCUGCGGAGAUGAAGUACUGGACAAGCACAGAUUCAGCGCGCAGUUCAAGGGGCUAGUGGCCAACCCAAGCGAUAUGCUGACUAUAUCCAGAAAGACCCGAAGAAGAGAGGAGGUUGAAACUCAACCGAUGGCAGAAAGGGUUGAGAUAUCUCAAAUAUUAAGGAAGAUUCUUGGAAACGUCGAGUUUGGAGUCUUGAGCAGGCUUGGGUUCUCUGAAAGCCUGGAUGAGUUUGUAAAAGGAGACAGCAAUGCUUUCAUGGGAAUGGUCCGGAAGAACAUCGAAAAGGUUGUGAAUGCGGUUGACCACUCGUCGAUUGUGGAUGAAGAUGUGAUUAAGGCCAUGAAAAGAGCGAGUCGCGAGGAGGAUCGCGGAUAUGAGGAAGACCAUUUCGAGCCCAGGGCGGCUCUAGGGGUCCUUGAUGAGAUGGACCCUGGGCUUGCCAACAAAAACUUGAGGAAUGAAUACUCAUCCCGCCUCGGGGGGAAUAGUGAAGAGAAUGAGUCCAAGGCUAAGAAGAACUUCAAUGUGGAGGAUCUGCUAGGAAAGGAAUAUUUAAGCAAGAAGCUUAGAAAGGACAAGGAAGACUCUAGCACGGACGUUUCCUUUACGUUUUCAAAGUAUCUGUGA